CGAGUGGACGAUCCUAUUCAGCUCGGAACACCGUUUUCUACUUAGAACAGAUUUAUGAUCUGUAAGUCUAAUUGGUAGUCUGUGGAGUCGAAGCACACUGCUAGUAAACACUUUCUUGACGCCAUAGUGAUAAACAAGGAGUGUGUUUGGGUUGGGAGUGAUAUGUGAAACUCCUGUUUUCCUGAGUAAGCAUAAUAAGCAUCAUAAGCAAAAAAGUUAAAAAAAAUUCCCCAAACCCAUGGGGCCCAUAUCAAAGGGACUGUGACGACAAACUUCUUGCUGGGGAAUAAAAGCAACAGGCAAGAGAGGAACUUUAAAAAACAUAUAUCAAAAACAUCCCUAAGGGUUUCAAUUAAUUCAAUAAAGCAAAGGCAACAGCUUGUGUCUAAGGCCAUACGAAAACAAAAUUUGAAGAGAAUAAAUUAUUGCAUUUUGUGAUUCGAGUUGAAAUGUUCAGAGAAAAGUCAAAUAGUGUAGAAAAAAGUUGAAAUGUCGGGAAUGAUGUCGAACAAAAUCAGAGUCAUUUUCUUGUUGAGGAUGUUGAUAGUAAGGAAGAAAGUUGCAAUUUUUGAGAAAUAAGUUGAGUAAAGCUGGUAAAGUCGAAAACAAAUCUGGUUAUUAGAAGAAAAGUCAAAACAUCAACGAUAAAGUCAAAAUUUCACAAAUAAAUUUGAAUUGUCAAGAAAUAAUAACAUUUAAAAUUGUAAUUCUGUCACAUUUUUAAAGAAUGUAUACCGGACUGCUAACUCUUGAUAUAUAUUGUGCCAACGUACAAAACCAUCUUGCGUGGAAGAGCUGGUGAAAUUGAACUUCAGAAUCCGUUUCGGUGACAAGGACAUUCACACAGUUUCUCUUCUGGCAGAGAAACAACACUGGUGAUUCUCUUCAAAACAAUGAUCUCAACUUUAAUCUCCAAAUGCAAAAGGGAACCAAAUAUAUCUCCUUUAAUUUUGUAUGGCCCCUAAAACCUUUUCCUCCUUGGAGUUAUUCCUUUAGUAAAGAUUUAUGUCAUUGACGCAUGGUCCCGCCUCCUCUGACCAUGUGAUGGAUACACACAGGGAAGUUCCGUGAGUUCCUGGCCCCGCCCCCUUCCACUUGUCGCAGUUGCGUGCAGAUCCAGGCUGAAUUUCUCCCGGAAGACUCUGGACUUCAUCACGGUUCGAGGAUGCUGCGCGUUUCUCUGCUGGUUUUGAUCCUUAUCGCAAAUGCAUCCAGCUUAAAGAUUCAGAACAAGCUGAUAGGUAAAUGUCUGCAGGUACAAGAAGGGACAUGGGGAGGCAGAGUGUCUCUGGGGGAGUGUAGCCCAUAUUCAAGAGUACAGGAGUGGAGCUGGCUCCCGGAGAGCCAGGCUCUCAGCAGUCACCACACUGGGGAGUGUCUGACGGCUCCGGCAGAGCUGUAUGAAGGGGUCCACCUGCAGCCCUGCAUUUCAGGGCUUGAAAGCGACGGGGCUGGCGAUGGAGGGGCAGCAGCGGAAAUGGGCAGAGAGCCGAACAGCCAGGCGUGGUCCUGUUCCAAGAAAGGCCACCUCACUUUGAUGGGGAGGGGAGUGCACCUCAGUGCCACUCCACAAUCCACUUUGGUGUACCUAUCACGGGAACAUAAACAGCAGGGCAGCAGGUGGCGGACACUUGACAACCAGACAUUGUGCAAUGGGAGAGAAAGAAAACAUAACCAGCACCAAGAUCAAACCCACAUCUAUGUGGGAAAAUCUUUGGGAGCUGGGGUGUUUCCAAGUGCCGAUGAAAACAGAGAAGCUGCUGAACCAUUUGAAGGUAUAAUUGAUGUCAAGGCCACAGAAACAUAUCUGGUGAUGAAUGGGACUCAUUCGCCCCUGAUCACCAAAUCCCCUGCAGAUCCCACCAUGGUUUUCUUCAGUAUGGAUUAUGGGAUGGCCUGGAAGAUAACCAUGCUGGUCUUAAGCUCUUUGGCGCUGGUCCUGGGGACUGUGAUUCUUAUCCUGAAUGUUUACUCCAAUAGCAGGAGGAAGAAGGUGGUGUGUGUCUUGAAGUCGUACAACGUGAGGCCACAGGCGAGUGUUCCUGGGUCCCCCGUGGCCAAUGAGAGAGCCCCGCUGACGGAGCACGCCAUGCGCCUCCCCCACUCCUCCCCCACUGUACAUCGGGGAGAGAUCCUGAUUGAGUGGAAGGACGGCACCGUUACACCGCUGUACGAGGCCUGAAGGCGGUGCUGUUUGUGGGGUUCUGGACAUGGGUGUGUGUAUGUGUGCAGGAUAUACAUACAAUUGAUAAACAAGAGGCAAAAUAAGGUUUCAGGCUGCUGGCAUCAGAGAGACACAGGGCAAUGGAAAGUUCAUGGCUCGGUAUCAGGCCAUUUUUUAAGGCUUAGAUGCCAGAGGAAGAUAAAAGCUGCUGAGAAGCUGCCAGAAAAGAAGAAGAUUGAGUUUGAGCUGGGCUUUGAGCGUUUAAAGAUACUGAGUCCUGACUGCUAAAUAAACCUUUGAGCGUUCAGAUAUUGUUUGUAGACGUAAUAUAAGUAUCAUGUAAGGGCUCAACAAAGCCACUGAUAGCUUAGGCCUUUAGUUUGAUAAAUAAACACUAAUCUUUUCUUGCUGUAAGGCCCAAACCACUGUAGAUGAGGAUCUGAUCCGGUUGUUUUAGUUUAAUGUCAUCUAAUAUGACUCACCUCGGCCGCUGAGACUUAAUGCACUUAAUAUGAGGAUUAAUAAGCCUAUUAACAGUUGUGUUGCACUGUACUUUACUGUGUUGUGUUGCCAGAAACAGUGUUUGGUGAAAGUGGUCCAGACAUAAUUCAGUAUCAUUGAAUGUCAUGUACUAACUGAAGAUGAUUCAGAAGAAAGUCUGAACACAGUUUAACUAUGAAAUGUUAAUUAAUGGUCUGUCACUGUAAAACGUUCACUACUGUCGAUUUCGUAAUGCACUUUGCUUUAAAACUACUGUACCAUUUUUUUUAUAUUUAAAUUUGUAAUUGCACGAUGGACGUUCUUGACCUUGGUAACAGCAUUUGUCAACACAGUCUCCACUCAAUGGCUGUCGACAAGCUUUUUUAUGGAGAGUUCAACGAUAUUCAAAAGUCUUCAUUUGUGGGCUGAGCAGUAACUGAACACUAGAUCUCUGAAGUUGCCAGCAAACGUUUUCAGACAUGAACUCGCAGAGUUGUGUCCAGACUUUCUCCGGAAGUUUUUCCUUUCAGACAUGAACAACACACCAGCAGACCGUGUCUCUGCUCAGACACGAUAAAGGCACAAUAAUGUGUUAUGGGAUAGUUCACUAAUCUUAAAUUAAUUACUCACCACUAUGCCGAUGGAGGGUUGGGUGAAGUGUUUGAGUCCACAAAACUCUUUUGGAGUUUCAGGGGUAAACAGUGGUGCAUCUCGUCGGAAGACAUCAGCGGACAUUUAGGAUGACACCACAGGAGCAGUAUGGAGGCAUGUUGUGUUGUUUCUGUUAAUUACGUUUAAGCUUUGCUCACUACUUUCUGCAUUUGUGUUGGAAUCUGCUGCAACUCUGUUUACCCUGAACCUCAUAAAGUGUUUUUUGGACUCAAACACUUCUCCCACCGCUCCAUCGGCACAGUGGUGAGUAGAUAGUGAGUGAAUUUUCUUUUCUGGGUGAACUAUCCCUUUACUAUCCCUCUUGAAGCUAGAUAAGAAAAUCCACAAUUACCCUGGGAGGGAUAAUGAAAACAUAUCCUGGGUAUGUUGAACUCACUUUGUCGUGUAUUAUUUAUACUAUGGUAUAUUUUACUAAAAAGUUUUCUAAAGCUAUGAACUUCCUAAUUAAAAGUCAAACGGUACGUA